CGCACGUCGUCCUUCCUUCACUCGGGGAGUUUAGGUUGAUGAAAAUGUUAAUUUAACACCAGGAUCUAGGAUAUUUUGUUGACUAGGUGCUACUAUCCUCUGGACAUUAACUCUACUAAGAUCCGUUUGCUCAACCAGGACUUGUUCCUCUGUAGUAGUUCAUUCCCCCUGUGAUGGAUUAACUUUAUCGGGAGUUGGUUUUUCCACACUGUCCUUGCAUGAAAGCCGUGACCAUGUUGCGCAGAAAGAGUGACUUUUUCGUUUUCCUGGACAAUGUCCUCUCCGUGAAAACUGAGGUGGAAGAACAAAAAGACGAGGAGCACACGCCGAGUCCUUUUGAAGAGUAUGUGCAGAAUCUGCUGCAGAUGAAGAUGACCAGCACUGAUCAGUUUGACAACUUGGAGAAGCAUACGCAGUGGGGGAUUGAAUUUGUGGAGAAGUACACCAAAUUUGUGAAGGAGCGAUCGGAGAUUGAAGUCAGCUAUGCAAAGCAAAUUAGGAAUCUGUCAAAGAAAUAUCAGCCCAAGAAGAACUCAAAAGAAGAGGAAGAGAGCAAAUACACCUUCUGUCGAGCCUUCCUAAUGACGCUUAACGAGUUAAACGACUACGCGGGUCAACACGAGGUCAUAGCAGAGAACUUGACAUCUCAAAUCAUCACAGAGCUAUCGCGCUACCUGCAGGAGCUGAAGUCUGAGAGAAAAUCGUAUUUCCAUGAUGGACGUAAGGCACAGCAGCACAUUGAAAGUUCGUGGAAACAGCUGGAAUCAUGUAAAAGAAGGUUCGAGAGGGACUGCAAAGAGGCAGACAGAGCACAGCAGUACUUUGAGAAGAUGGAUGCCGAUAUUAACGUGACUAAGGCCGAUGUGGAAAAGGCAAGGCAGCAAGCUCAGAUGAGGCACCAGAUGGCUUCUGACAGCAAGAGUGAUUACGCCUCCUACCUGCAAAAGUUCAACCAGGAGCAGCAUGACCAUUACUUCUCAGUUAUUCCCACCAUAUUUCAGAAACUCCAGGAGAUGGAGGAGAAAAGGAUCGAGAGGGUAUCGGUGUGCAUGAAGACGUUCGCAGACGUGGACCGCCAGGUGCUGCCCAUCGUGGGGAAGUGUUUAGACGGCAUGACGAACGCUGCCGAGGCCAUCGAGCCCACAACUGAUUCAAAGCAGGUGGUGGAGUCCUAUAAGUCUGGGUUCGAGCCUCCGGGAGACGUGGAGUUUGAGGACUACGGCAUGGCCAUGAAGAGGACGGCGUCUGAAAACAGCCUGUCCAACACCAGAGAGGCCAAAGAGAAGCCCAGUAGCAAGAGCAAGGGCAAACUGUGGCCUUUCAUUAAGAACAAGAACAAGCUUAUGUCCCUGUUAACGUCCCCCCACCAGCCCCCACCUGCCCCCCCAGCCACAUCCCCACCCUCACCCUCUGCUGUUCCCAACGACCCCCAGUCUCCCAAGCAGCAAAAGGAGCCCCUCUCCCACCGCCUCAACGACUUCAUGACCUCCAAACCCAAAAUGCACUGCCUCCGGAGCCUGAGGCGAGGGCUUUCUCUCAAGCUGAUUACACUCAAUUCCCACGUCCGGAGUCUCAUUGAGGGAUCUGGACCCGAGGACUUCAGUCACCUGCCACCAGAGCAGAGGAGGAAGAAGCUGCAGGGGAAGAUCGAUGAACUCAACAAAGACAUUCAAAAAGAGAUGGACCAGAGGGACGCCCUAACUAAGAUGAAAGACGUGUACGUGAAGAACCCACAGAUGGGUGAUCCAGCCAGUGUGGACCCCCGGCUAUCAGAAAUAGGCCAGAACAUUGAGAAGCUGCAGUUGGAAGUACAAAAGUUUGAGGGCUGGCUAGCAGAAGUGGAGGAGAGGAUGCCGUCUAAGAGCGACACGCACCGGAGGAGUGUAGUCUUCGAGACCCAGAACAGCACGACCGUGAGCAACAACUGCGCUCAGGACAGAGAGAGCCCGGACGGCAGCUACACAGAGGAGCAGAACUCAGAGACUCAGGUCAAAGCCAACAUUAACCCCCCCACCACCACGCCGGAGUUCGACGACGAGUUUGACGAUGAGGAAGUCCUGCCCACCAUCGGCACCUGCAAAGCCUUGUACCCCUUUGAAGGUCAUAAUGAGGGCACCAUAUCCGUCGCUGAGGGCGAGCUGUUGUACGUCAUAGAAGAAGAUAAAGGAGACGGCUGGACGCGAGUUCGGAGGAACGAGGAUGAGGAGGGAUACGUCCCCACAUCCUACGUCGAGGUCCUUUUGGAAACAAAUGCCAAAGAUUCCUAAAAGUGUGAGGCUGGCUGAGGAAUAUCAGGGCAAGCAGCCUCGGAGACUCCGGCGUGUGAAAAACUGAACCCUGACCCUAUCUAAAAAGAGAGCAACGGCCGAUAAGAGCGCAGCUGAAUAUUACAAACGUUACAGACAGAAAAAUAAUAAUAAUAAUAAAAAAAAGUCAACAUUGCGCUUCCUCUGCAGAGAAAUCCAUCUAAAUUUUACCGCUCACGACCUCCAUCCUUAACCUCCACCCAGAUUCAAGCAUCCAGCCUGCUUUGUGUUGUUUUCAGCAAAGCUUCGCUUCUUAACGUGACUAACUCCGCUUGCUCUGCGCGCGGCCACGAAUCGAGGCUUUUGGCUUCCUCGCUCUGAAUGCCCACCCCUCCACUCGGCUCUGUUUUUGUUUCCACCCUCCGACACACACACACACACCAAGCACACGCACACACGCAGGAACUGGUGUGGUCAGAAACAGGACGGAGACGAGCAGCAGCCUGAGAGGAAAACCUCCAGGUGACCAUGUGUGUGUGUGUGUGUGUGUGUGUGAGAGAAGUGAAACCUGGACUUGGAGACUCAUCCCAGACUCAUCUGUGAGAACAUCACCUCCACCUCCACCUCCACCUCCAUUCUUCCCUCCCUCUGAACCCCAGCAGGUGUCACCCACCUGGAGACGGAAGGGGCUGAUUCUCAUCCACAUUCAUGUCUCGUAGUGUCCAGGACCAGCCACAGACCAUCCUGCAUCCUGUUCUUGUCUCAUCACUGGUGUCUGUUCCUCUCUCUGACCACACCCCCCACCCCCCUACCCCCAUACCUCCUCAGGCGGCUCGGGCUACCCCCGCGUCUGCUUUUUUUUGUUGCUGCUGCAACAGCUCGGGGCGUUGUGCUGUGCUGCAUGCUUGCCCUGUCUUCCUCCCCGCCCCUCUGCUGGUGGCCCGGAGAGGCGGGUGUGGGCGUCGAGCCCACACACACACCUCCAGCCUCCUCUGUUGAGUUUUAACCCUCAUUGCCUGGUCACACUGUUUUUUAAAUUAACCUGAAUGCUACUGUUUGGGUUCGGUGCCUGUGGUUUUUUCGUUGGUUCAGAGAGCAUGUUUCCUGGUUUUCCCGAUAACACCAGAGUGGGAUCUCCUCCCAGUGAUCCCAGGUUUAAAAAUCACAAUUAAAACCACGACAGGGACCCGAAAACAUUGUUUUCUGAACGACUUUCAUGCAUAGAUAGCUCAUGAACGUCUUGUGAUGUCUUUUUACUUUGUCGUGUGAAAACAAUGCUAGUUUAUUGAUCAGAUGCAAAAGUUGUGGUUAGUUUACGGUUGAUCGCCACGUGGGAACUUUCCCGGCGUGGUCAAAGAAACCCCGGAUCAAACCCUCCAUCUACUGUAUAUGAAAGAUAUACUGUGAUGCACAUUUUCCUGUGACGACACCACCUGAUUUGGGCCUUAACCGGGUUUCUGCUCUCACUGAGAGAAACACUGAUGCUGAUUUUUUAAUAAUCUGUCAGAUUUAAGAAUUUCCCUCAACGGCACAUAAUGUACACGAUUAACAGGUUGGUUUCUUUUUCUCUUAAAUGUGAUUUUUUUUUUUUUUUUUUUCCUUCUCUCUUUUUGCUGGAAAGUUCUAUUGUUGGGACUUAAAUGUCAUAACUGCAAAUAUAACGAUUACUUUGUGUUUUGGAAGAAGCCAUUGUUGAAUCUUUACCGGAUGCAGAAUUUCUUGAACUCUUUCCCGCGCGGUGGAAGGACGGACGCGGCGAUCACGUGGACUCUCUUUUGCAGAGAAUGACGAAAUUCCUGCUGAAUAAAGAAUAAAGAAAAAAAAAAACAAAAGCUUUCUCCAGCCCAACGCUUCCUACGUCAAGAUAUACAAACCACCUGUUUUUCUUUUAGCUGUCUGGUAGCCACCUGCCUGCCGUUGCUCGGAAACAAAAGCACCACCACCGUUUUAGCCCCAAAUUGACCGCCUGUACAGAGGAGACCACACAACGGAAUUAGAGAGAAUAUAUAUGACUAUAUGAAUAAAAGUUUAAAAAGGAAAAAAGUCUAUUUUAACUAUUGACAGUCUUACUGUACCAUGACUAACUGCUUUUGCGAAGUAAGACUUCUUUUCCUUUGUAAGGUCUACCAAAUGGCGUGUUUUUGCACUUUUUUUUUUGUUUUUGUUUUUUUUUUUUCGUCCCAUUUGGUGGCCCGUGCUUGUGUUUUGGAGCACUGAAUACUUUGUAUUGUGUUUACUGUGCCAAUUAAACAUGCCUGGAAAAUGAGAA